AUGGCCUUCAACAUCACAAACGCAACAAUGUCAACAAUGCGAGCAGUAGCCUGGUUCGGCCAACCCUACAACGUCUCCACAGACGUCGUCGUCCGCAUCACCUCCUCCGCCAUCUGCGGCUCCGACCUCCACAUGUACCACGGCUUCGGCGGCUCGCCCAACGUGCCCUAUGGUUUCGGCCACGAGGCCGUCGGAUACGUGUCCAGCGUCGGCGACGCCGUCUCGAGCCUUGAAGUUGGCGACUAUGUCAUCAUCCCAGACAACGCCGACGACGGGCACUGGGGGCCCUCGCACCCCCUAUCCUUCGGCGUUGGGAGCGCAAACUAUGGCGGACUGCAAGUCGCCAUCUUCGGCGCCGGCCCUGUCGGCCUCCUAGCCGCCUACUCUGCCAAGCUUCGCGGCGCCUCCAGGGUCUACGUCGUCGACCGCAUCGCCAGCCGCCUCGAGCAAGCCGGAUCCUUGGGCGCCAUCCCCAUCGACUUUUCCCAACAAGACCCCGUGGAGGCGAUACUCAGCCGUGAGCCCGCCGGCGUGACGCGCAGCCUCGACUGCGUGGGCUUCGAGUCCGUCAACGCCACGGGAGGUCCGCACAACGGCAUCGUGCUGGAGAACAUGGUUGCUGUGACCGCCGUGUACGGAGGCAUGGGUAUCGGCGGUGUGUACAACGGCGGCGGAAACAGCACCGAAGGAGCGCCCAAUGCCGGGAACCUACCCGCGGAGAUUCCUAUCCCUAUGGCAUCGCUAUGGAGGAAGGGCUUGUCCGUCGGAACGGGUAUUGUCUUGCCCUUGCUAAGGGCUCCCCCCUUGUUGGACUUGAUUUCUUCUGGCGUUGCUAAGCCUAGCUUUGUGGUGACGGCUGAAAUCGGCAUUGAGGAUGCGCCGGAGUAUUACCGUCGUUACAGCGAUCACUUGGAAAACAAGGUCGUCAUUCGGUUCCCUUAG